AUGAAGAAUGUGUGCCGCUUCUUCAUUGAGGGAAAGUGUAAAUUUGGCUCGAAGUGUAAGUAUGAUCAUGUCCGGUACACUUCUUUGGUGGAUCCUCCUCAAUGGAUUUAUUCUUCAUACAGAGGACUUGAUGUAAUGGAGAUUUCACCGGAGGAGGUGCGAUUUGCAUUGAUGUGUGGGGAUAUGAAGGAGGUUCUUGAUAAUUUCUGGAUAAGGAAUUAUGUAGCUCUAUGUGCAGAGAUGGACCUCCUUGAAAGUGAUGCCAGAAUUGCGUCAGUGUCGAAUAGAUAUGUGGACCCCAGGGAGAAUCCCGAUGUAUUUAUGGCGCCAUUUGAUGUAGACAGGGUAUUGAGCACUAUAAAGCAGAUGAGAGAGCAAGGAGCACGGACUUUGCAGAAAGGGCAUGGAGAUGGCCAGAGAGGGGAUGGAAACUGGGCUGGCGGAUUUUCUGGACCUCCACAUCAGUAUCCUGUGAACAAUAGGGGAGGGUAUAAAGACAAAGGUAAUAAUUGGAAUCGGCAAGAGACCAAUCCCGGAAAUUCUUGGAGUCAAGGAAAUAAUAAGUCCGCUGGGACUGGGUAUGGGGGGCAUAAGAACGGAUACAAUGAAAAAGAGCCUCGAGGGUUUUCGAAAGAAUCACCUUAUUCAAAAGGAAAAGACAAUGAGUAUAUACAAAGAAAUACCUGGGGAUAUUCAAGGAGCACAGGAAGGAAGUAUUCCAAACCUGAUGGAGAGUUUGAUAUCCAGGAUGUUCCCUCCUCGUUUUCAGGGUCUUACGGUGGCGUGGCGCCAAAGGGAACAGGCGGAACAUGGAUGCACAAUGGUGAAACAUUGGGCGAUAGACAAGGCAUAGGUAGAGGCUCAGGAGAUGAAGAGUUUAUUGAGGAGGACUUUGAAUAUGGAAAGGUUCCUUACAGUUAUAGAAAGCCUAGCAAGUAG